AUCUACAGCGCAUACACAUACUCACGGGUUAGAACAAGACCGGCCAGAACGUGGGAACCUUUUUGCUAGAUCAGGAUAAUAACAUGAAUUAGGGCCGCGUGUGAAGAUAUGCGCGAAGCAGACAGAGGUGGUCGAGGGCAAGAUUUGAUCACAUAGCAUCACACUCUCGUGCCGUUCGGAACGCAUUCUCAUUUUGGAAGUGAACGGGGAUAGGUCGGGUUCGUCGCGUGGAGGAGUUCAGAUCGUAGAACGGAAAUACAGGAAGUCGUACGGAAGUUACUGGAAGUUGUGGGUCAAGGAAGUUGUUUAGUGUAACGGCAGAUUUUGACGAGUGAACAUGUCCAAUCCAAGAGAUAGCGAUCAUCACGGGGGCGAUGGACGUGAUGCAGAGAACUAUCUGAGAAGGAUUAAAGCGGAGAUCAGAAAGACAAAUAAACCAAUUAUGGAAAAAAAGCGUCGAGCUCGGAUCAACAAUUAUCUGAACGACUUGAAAGCCCUGCUCUUGGAUGCGAUGAAAAAAGAUCCCAUGCGCCACUCAAAACUAGAGAAGGCUGAUAUCCUUGACCUAACGGUGAAAUAUCUUCAAGAUCUGGAACGCCGCAAGCUGUCCAUUGCGAUGGCUGUAGAUCCCUCCGUGGUGGACAAGUUCAAAUCUGGCUACAACGAGUGCGUGGAUGAAAUUGACAAAUAUCUCAACACUGUUCCUGGAGUCGAUAACGGGAUGAAACAACGCAUCUCCAAUCACUUGAAAACGUACCUCAAAUACCAGCGAUUCCCACAACCGGGAGGCAACCCUUUCGGUGGUCUCUUCAGCAGAUCAACUGACGAGAUCAACAACAACGGUCGGCUGGCCAUGGACGGAAUGCCACUGAUCCCAUCGCUGCUGCCUAGUGGCGAACUUGCCUUCAUAAUGCCUCACACCGGUGGCAACAGUCUACCAUUCCUGCCGAGGUUUCCCACCGGUGCACCUGGAGUUCCGUCGCUUAGUUCCAGUCACUUCAAGCCAAUCUCCAGCCAGGAAAAGCAGCAAUACGCACCGAGUCCACCUUUGAGUCCGGUAUCCGAUCAGGAUAGCAUGAAGGAUUUAAAGGAUUUAAAGACACCCCUCGUGAAGACGCGGCCCACACUGAUGGAAAGUUUGCUGAGUGUCUUCCCAACGCCGCCCACUCCAGAGGAAAGCAGCAGGAUCUCGGCCUUCAGACCGAAUCAUAAACUAAUUGAUCGGAUACGAUUGCAUCAGGAGGACACGCGGUCUACGCCGCAACGCGCAAACGAAGCGAAAAGACGGAAGGUGGAGAAAGAGGAGGAAUUCAGCGACAGCAGCGAUAGUGAGGAAGACGAGGAAGAGAAUGAGGCGAAAGAGAGUGGCAGUGGGGAUAUGUGGAGACCAUGGUGAAGCGCUCAGUGGCAGCUGUUUGUCGGCAGUUAUUUUGUGAUAGGGGAUAAGAACGUUAUGUAAGAGUGAAUUAUACGCCUCGGAUGCUUUAAUUUUCCAGAAUAAUAGCUUUAAUAGUAUGUAAGCAAUUGACAAUAUAUUGAUUGGAAUGUGAUAAACAUGUUGAUUUUUCAAAUUAAUUCUACACACUAAUGAUCAACAUUAUCAAAAUGUGUCAUUAUUGUUUCAGUGAAGGAUGAUUAGUACGUGCUUGAGUCAGAACUCUCAGUUCAUGUCCUGGAUUUGGUUUCCGGAUUAAAUUGCCGCAGAAAAGACUGCAACAGAAACAACUACUCAAAAAAACAGGAAGUGGGUUAUAUCUAUGGUAUA